UAAAGAAUCUGAUAAACCACACAACCCAGUGAUCAGUAAUCAGUGAUCAGUAAUCAGUAAUCAGUGAUCAGUAAUCAGUGAUCAGUAAUCAGUGAUCAGUAAUCAUGUCGUCGGAUACGAAUUCGUGCGCAAGCUUCUUUGCCCAGGAGCAUGCGAAUGCCACACUGUCGCAGUACUUCCAGCAGCUCAACUCUCAGGUGGCUGCCGCUGCAGCAGUGGCAAGUGGCGGGGGCUCCAACAAUAACAGCAGCAGUAGCAGCAGCGGCAACAGCAGCGGCAACAACAGCAGCGGCAACAGCGACAGUGGCAAUGAUGGCAGCCUCACGGGUUCCACGGGCACCCUGGAUAAUCAUCGCAGCAGCGUCAGCAGCAAUGAUUCGGGCAAGAGCAGUGCAGGAGGCGGCGGCGGCGGCGGCGGCGCCAGUGGCAACAGCAGUGGCGUAAACGCCUGGGCCAUGCAGCAGCAGCAACAGACGGCAGCCUUGCACCAUCACCAACAGCAACAACAACAGCAACAGCAGCAGCAGCAACAUUUGCAACAGCAGCAGCAGCAGGCGCAUGCACACCAGCAACAUGCUGCAGCUGUGGCUGCCGCGCAGAUCCAGCAGCAACAACACACACAUCACGCUCAACAGCAUGCCGUCGCACAGCAGCAGCAGCAGCACCAUCCCCAUGGACCGCCCCAUGGCCACCCAGCACACCCCCACGCCCACUCGCACCCGCACCACAGCCACCCGCAACAGCAGCAGCAGCAACACCACCAUCACCAGCAGCAGCAGCAACAUGCCAUACAGCAGCAACAACAUGCCGCCCAACUGGCCCACAACCUCACCUCCGCAGCGGCAGCCCCCUCCCCCAACAACAACAACAACAACAGCGGAAGUGGCAGUGGAAGCACCCACUCAAUUUUUGGCACCGGAAAUUUUCACUACAAGAGCAACAACUCCUGGACACUGCCGACGCUCACGUACCAGAGGAUCUACCAGGAUAAUCCGCACUACCAGCGGAACGCCUUCAUGGAUCCCCAGGGAAAUGCAGCUGCAGCAGCGGCAGUAGUGGCUGCCGGCUGCAAUGUGGCAGCUGUGGCAGCGGCCGCGGCUGCAAAUGUUGCCAGUGGCGGCCAGGGUGGCGGCAAUGCCAGCUCAAACAGCUCCAGCAACAAUCCAGCAGCGGGUGCCAAUCCCAACAGCAAUGGCGGUGGGAAUCCCAGUCAAAAUAGUGCCAGCAGCAACAAUAAUAACAGCAACAACAACAGCACCUCUGUGGAGCAUGUGGCAAAUGCAGUGGCAGCGGCAGUGAUCGUCAACGAGCAUCAGAAUCAUUUGAACAGCCUCAAGGCGAGAUUUCAGCCAUCUAGCUCAGGCAGGAAAUCUCCAUUUUUGGGUUUUAUUUGCAAAGCAAACGGCAAAUCCACAUCGAAUAGCAAAGAAAUCAUCUGUCCAGAUGACAAGUACAAGGAGGAGGGCGACAUCUGGAAUGUCGAGGCACAGACGGCGUUUCUUGGCCCAAACCUUUGGGACAAGACACUGCCCUACGAUGCCGACCUCAAGGUAACACAAUACGCCGACUUAGAUGAAUUCCUGUCGGAGAACAACAUACCUGAUGGCUUGCCCGGCACCCAUUUGGGACACUCAAGUGGUCUGGGCCACCGUUCCGAUUCGUUGGGUCAUGCAGCGGGCCUGUCGCUCGGCCUGGGCCACAUAACCACAAAGCGGGAACGGUCGCCAUCGCCAUCCGAUUGCAUUAGUCCCGACACGCUAAAUCCGCCAUCGCCGGCCGAGUCAACAUUUUCGUUUGCAUCAUCGGGCCGUGACUUCGAUCCGCGCACCCGAGCCUUCUCCGACGAGGAGCUCAAGCCCCAGCCGAUGAUCAAAAAGUCACGCAAACAAUUCGUUCCAGAUGAGCUCAAGGACGAUAAGUACUGGGCCCGUCGGCGAAAGAACAACAUUGCGGCGAAGCGAUCCCGCGAUGCCCGGCGCCAGAAGGAGAAUCAAAUUGCGAUGCGAGCACGCUAUUUGGAGAAGGAAAAUGCAACAUUACAUCAGGAGGUGGAACAGUUGAAACAGGAGAACAUGGACUUGCGUGCACGUCUAUCGAAAUUCCAAGAUGUGUAAUGAUAAAUACAAUUUUGUGACUUGGCCUGAGGACACCACAACAAUUAAAUAAUGAUAAUUGAUAAUUGAUAAAUGAUUAAUGAUAAUUGAUAAAAUAACAAUAAUCAUACGCGUAAUUAUGAUAAAACCACUACUAAUAAUGUUUAGUAAAAGCAGACAUGAAACCUACAUUAAAUAUAAUAUACAUACGUAUAUGCAUAAAUAAUUAUAUGUAUACAAAAAUAUAUAUAGUUUAGUAAGCAAA